UAAUGGCCUCUGCAAAAUAUUUUGAGCGGAUAUUGGCCUUGGUAUUCGACUAUACAGAUAAUAAACUAUCAGCGGGCGAUUUAUUGCGCCUGCGUCAAGCUGUUCAGCUAUGCGCCCUCCGGCCAGACCAAUUCGGCGCCUUCUGGUUGCUAAUAGAGGGGAAAUUGCAAUCCGUAUUCUCCAAGCUGCUCGGGAGCUAAUCCCCAUGGAAGAUGGAGUUGCCAUUGAGACUUUUGCACCGUACACCGAAGGCGACCAGACACAUUGCGAUGUCGGUCGCCCGGACCAUCGUAUUCUGCUCCCCUCACCAGGGUCUUACAUGGACAUCUCGCUUCUCGUGAAUAUCGUCAAACAGCAUGCAAUUGAUGCUGUGCACCCGGGCUAUGGCUUUCUCAGUGAAAGUGCUGAUUUUGCUCGUCGCUUGUGGGAUGAUGCUGGUGCUGUCCUCGUUGGGCCCGGUUGGGAGAUUCUGGAGCAGAUGGGCAAUAAGCUCCAUGCUAAGACCCUUGCAGUUCGUUCUGGCGUGCCAGUGCUACCGGCCAUGGAGACUUCUAGUGGUGAUGUGAACGAAAUCGGGCAGUUUGCUAAUAAAGUCAAUUAUCCGGUCAUGAUCAAAGCAGUUGACGGUGGCGGCGGAAGAGGGAUUCGGUUAGUCAAAGCGGCGAGUGAGCUUUCAAAUGCCGUUAGUAGGGCUAAGGGAGAGUCGCCGUCGGGAACAGUGUUUGUAGAAAAGGCUGCUAUCAAUGGAUUCCAUCACGUGGAAGUUCAGAUUAUCGGUGACGGGACUGGUCGUGUGAGGCAUCUCUGGGAGAGAGAUUGCAGUGUGCAACGACGGUUUCAGAAGAUUGUUGAGUAUGCGCCGUCGGUGAGUUGUGAUCGUGAGACUAUCCGGGAUGUUAUCGAUGCAGCCGUUAAGAUGGCUAGUGAUGUUCACUAUUUUUCAUUAGGAACAUUCGAGUUCCUUGUCCAUGAAAGUUCGAAAGAAUUCUUUUUCUUAGAGAUAAACCCACGAUUACAAGUCGAGCACACGAUAACAGAGUGUAUCUCCGGCAUCGAUUUAGUACAGACGCAACUUCUACUAGCUCAAGGGCUGUCUUUAGACAAGCUUGGACUUGGUGAUAUGCAGGAUCCGUACACGCCGCCCAAACAGUGCUCUAUUCAACUAAGACUUUGUGCUGAAGUACCCGAGUCCGAUUUCUCCUUAAGCAUUGGCAACAUUACUCAGUUUGUACUUCCUAGGGGAAACGGUGUGCGAGUCGAUACUCACUUUUCAUCAACCUCGCCUACUUUAAUUGGCUUCGAUUUUGAUAACUUACUAGCCAAGAUAAUCGUCACAGCUGCGGAUUGGAAUACUGCUAUCCUCAAAGCACGUCGAGCGCUGGGAGAUAUUAUAGUAUCUGGAGUGAAAACGAACCUAGAUCUUUUAAGAGCGAUCAUUGACAGUGACUUCCUUGUGUAUGGGAACCCAGACACUCAAUGGCUUGAACGCAAUCUACCUAGUCUGCUCAGCACUAGUCAAAGGCUGUCUGAAAAAGCCAAGAGUCCCAAUUUAUCAAGCUCAACCAACUCACUGCCGCAAGGAAAUCUAGUAGCCGCAUCCUCGAGCGUCCUUUUCCGCAAAGGUGACGCCUGGUCCCUGACCCUAGAGCCGCUUUCCGAACCCAAUCCGAAUGGAAACCCCUCUUCUGACAAAACACUCCAAAGUCACAUUCUACUCAAGCGUGUUCUUCGCAACGAGUUUCCUUCUUCUCUCACAGCUGAAGUCGAAUAUACAGCUUCAUCGUCCUCGUCCCCGUCGACGACUCCAUACCGACUACAUCUAACUGAGACAAACGCGUCUUCCUCAGCAAUUACCUCGGCAUCGCACCGACGGGGCGACCCAUCAAAUCCAGCUCAUCUAGUAUCCCCGCUCUCGGGCAAGCUUUUGGAGGUUCUCGUGGCAGAAGGGGACGAGAUUGCCCAGGAUCAAGUUGUUGCUUAUAUCAAACAGAUGAAGAUGGAGCUGGAAGUCAGAAGUCACCGAUCGGGUGUUGUCAAGUGGGUCGUUGAAGUUGAUCUAGACUCACAUAGCCAAGGAAUUGAUGUUGCGGAGGGACAUCUUUUGCUUGAGUUGGAGGAUAGUAGUAAGGAACAUGGCCAGCGACAAUCGAUCAACACUAGGGGGAAGCUAUGAGAAAUUACGUAGACCUGUUGAGUAUAUAGAGAAGUUAGUAUCUUUUGUAUAGUUCCCAUAUAAUUAGUUGGCCCCAUAAUCGUGCUCGCCGUAAGGAGACUUUCGGCCGCCUCGGAAACUUUUCGUUAUUUGGAAUAAACACAAUCAAGGCAAGUACUGCAAUAAACAAAUGAUUUAUGGUUGGCGUUCUUUUUUAAGUUCAAAUAUUCAGUGGAGUGACGUUACAUGCUCUAGG